CCUCCAAGCAUAGAUAAAGGUUGCUUCGAUGUAAAAUCACUUUUGGGGUUCCCGUGAUACGAUUUAGACGGAUAAAACAAAGUUCUUAGAAAGGGAAAAUGAGUGAAGUACUGGAAGAACCUUUCGAGGUGAUUGAAAGGACUGAGGUGGAGAAACAGCAGGAACAGGAGGGGCAAAGUGAAAGUUGCAAAAAUGAAAAAGCUGAAACUGCAGUAGAAGAUGAGUGGAUUGACAUUUUGGGAAGUGGUCAACUCAAGAAGAAGGUUCUUAAAGCUGGAAAUCCAGGAACUAGACCCCAAAGAGGAGAUGUGUGCUACAUGAAUAUUGAAGGAAAACUCGAGGAUGGCACUGUGGUAGAAAAGUUGGAAAACUUUGAAAUUCAAGUUGGGGACGCAGAGCUGGUGCAAGGGCUAGAUUUGGCUGUGCCAUUGAUGGACGUUGGAGAGACGGCCUUAGUUGAAGUUCACCCGAGAUUUGGUUACGGAAGCCUUGGCAAAGAGCCAGACGUGCCUGGAGGAGCGGUGCUUUUUUACACUUUGGAGUUACAGAGAGCAGAAGAAGAGCCUGAAUUUGAAGAGCUCUCAGCCCAGCGUAGAAUAGAGAUAGGAAAUAGGAAAAGAGAAAGAGGGAACUGGUGGUUCUCGCGCAACGAGCACACUUUGGCUGUUCAGUGUUACCGAAGAGCGUUAGACUUUCUUGAUGGAGACGGCGGAAUCACAGCAGGAGUUGAGCCUAGAGACAGCAAUGAGGAUUUAAACGCGAUUUUUGCUGACCGUCUCAAAGUCUACAAUAACCUCGCGGCGUCUCAAAUGAAACUUCAAGCGUUCGACUCUGCUCUAACCUCAGUGGAAAAUGUCCUAAGGUGCCAACCCAACAAUAUCAAAGCCCUCUUUAGAAAAGGAAAGAUUCUGGCAGAGAAAGGCGAUUACGAGAAAUCUGUUGAAGUUUUGAAGGAGGCAAAUAAAAUUGAACCAGACAAUAAGCCAAUCCAGCAGGAGCUCGCCAAGGUUGUUGCCAAGUCGAAACAGGAACUGACCAAACAGAAGAACCUGUAUCGAAAAAUGCUCGGGCAGGAUGACAAGAAAUCCUCUAAAGAGGAAAAUACUCCAGUUUCCAAAUACUCGUGGAAACUUGUAGCUGGUAGCGCCGCUGCUGUUGCAGCUGGCGUUCUAUUCUACAAAUUUAAAACAUUCUGAAACCGAGGUGAUAGGCUGAACAUAGCUGCUUGACAGACUUUCAUGAUUAAUACAACUUCCAAAUUUAUUGUUAUUAUUUUGUUGAUUUUGGGCAACAUUCCCUUUUAAUAAAUAAAUGCCAAGCAGGCACGCAUAAA